GAAUAACAAUACUCUAGAAGCGUAAUUGAGCUAAAAAAGUGUUUCCACGCGAUAGUAACCCAGAUGGGCGGGGCUUAAAGAGAAACAAAUGCGCUCGCCCAGUGCCUCGCCUGACGUCGCGCAGUCACGCUGACGAUAUUCUCUAAAAUUUUAAAAAUCUUCUUAGUAAAAACAAGUGAUUUUUGUUAAAGGCAUCAUGCCUUCUUGUGUAGUCAAGUGGUGCAGAAGCCACUCAAGCAGGAAAAAAGCAGGAGUUACCUUUCACAAAUUCCCAUCAAAUCCAGUCCAGCGGGAAAAAUGGGUAUCAGUGGUCCGCUUAGAAAGAAAUGAGUGUGAUUGGUUACCUACAAAACUAAGUAUGAUAUGCAGCAUUCACUUUCAAGAUGAGGACAUGUAUUUCUGUGAUAAUGGAAAGCGAAAAUUAUUAAAGAAGAUUGCAGUACCUAUUUGCACUAUGGUUACCCCAAUUAGUGGCAAUGUAAAUCCUUCAGCUUUGGGUGGUAAACUGUCCUCCAUCACAGAUGAUAUAGACAUACAGGAAGAGUCAUUACCACCAAAAAAUUUGAAAUAUUUGAAAUAUGAAGACGGAGAUGAGGCUAAUACAGAACAAAAUACAAAAAAACGGAAAUCAUAUGAAUCUGAUUGCAGCGGUAUUCCAGGCAAAAAAAUUAAUAUUGUAAGUUUAACUAAAAAAAAAACGUACCACAGGGUACAGAAAGCGUGACAUAAAAUACAAUUGAAUUCUUUUAUUUUCUAGGAAAAACCUUUUAACGAAGAAAAACAUGAAAAUUUCGAAAAUAUUAGGUGCAACACGCACGGAAACAUGUUAAAACGUAUAUUA